GGCAGAGUUGCCCGAAGCGUUCCUUCUCUUCUUGCGAGAAGUGUUGGAAGCUUCUGGCCGUGUAGGCGUCGCUGAGGCUGCCUCUUGCCUCUUGCCUCUGCUCACUCAGCAAAGUGUUGCCACAGCAGUACUAAUACAAAUAGUUGAAGUGAGGAUACCUUCCGUAGAAGAUGGCGUCCACGCAAACAUCAGCAGAUUCAUCGUAUACAGAAAUGGCGACAGGCGAUGUGGAAGCGAUCGGCGCGAGAUGUCACAUGCCUUUCUGUCAUCAGCUAGACUUCCUUCCGUUCAAAUGCGAAAGCUGCAAAGGCCUCUUCUGCGGCCCCCACAGAACCGAAGAUGCGCACUCCUGUCCCAAAGCCGGCGAAUGGGCGCGACGACGAACCGAAGCUUUCAACCCGCGGGCAUACCCGUCUUCGCCCAAACCCAACAUCCUCAACCACGAACAGCAAUGCUCCGAUCCGGCCUGCAAGACCCUCAUCAACACCCCCCUCGUCACCGGCGUGCAUUGCGACAAAUGCAAUCGUUCCUACUGCCUCAAACACCGCUUGACCUACGAGCACAACUGCGCGAACCUCACCCCGCUCGGCGCACGACCGCAGGGUCAGGCUCCGACGCAGCGCGAGAAGGGCAUCGCAGCGCUGGAGAAACUGCGCGCAUGGGGCGCGUCGAAGAAAGCGGCCAUGCCCAAAGUGCCGCAAUCCGCGUCCAAGCAAGCGGCGGCGGCACGAGUGCAAGAGACGGCGAACCUGAAGAAGGCGGCCAAGGGCGACGAGAAGAUCCCCCUCGACAAGCGUGUAUACCUGUACGUGGAAGCGAGCUCGGAUACGAUCACCGCGAAAAUACCAAAGGGCACCUUCUUCUACCAUGCGGAGUAUAGCGUGGGCCGGAUACUGGACCUGGCGGCGAAGAGUCUGCAGGUGGUGAAUGUCAACAACCGCGCCGAGAGCGAAGAGGACAAACUGAGGGUGUUUCAUGUGGAGGGGGGGAGACUGCUGGGGUUUGGGGAGAAGUUGGGGCAGUGUGUGAGGACGGGCAACACCAUUGUGCUGCUGCGAGGUGUGGGUGAGGGCAUGGCGAGCACGCCUGAUAGGACGAAAUGAAGGCAUCCGCUGGUGGUUCCGGUUGGCGUUCUAGAGCAAGCGUCGGCGCUGUGGCGGUUGGGCUGUCUUUAACAUAUACACUGCAUAGCUGCGAUUUCGAAUCACUUCCCAGGGUGGCCAAGUGCUGCCCAACCAUUCUGUACAUGAUACUUCGCGAAUUGAUCAUCACGUCCUUUUCUCGUUGCCAUUGGCAACCGUGGCGUAUAUUGUGCCGACUGCGGGUCCUGCCGCCGUGUCUCAGACGGGGAUCUUUUCGCGUAACCACGCAGCGUGUGUGGAACUCUCUACAGUGCUGCAAUCCUCGUCCUUCUGUCCAACUCUCCUCCUCUCCACUAUCACAUAUUCAACAACGAGUCAGACUCGGAGAUCAA